UAGUGCAUGACGUGUUUUUUCCUUACUUGACGUUUUCUGUUGUCCCCAAAAGCUGAUAGGGUUUAGGGUCUUACAGAGUUCUAGUUGGGAAGACGAAGAAGAAAGCAUAAUCAAAUACAGCUUAUUUUUUCUUUUCAGUUCAGUCCCAAUUCAAGCGUCAGAUUGUUUCCGUCUCAAUUCCAGAGGAAUGAUUCUCCCAUACUCGACACGAUUCACUUGCUGCCAUGUUAAUGGAUUCACCAUCAUCCCUUCCCCACUAUUUCCCCUCCUCUCUGCUUCUUCUCCCCUUUGCAAAAGAAACGGUUUUGAGCUUACUUCUUCGGUUAAUGCUAUGAGGUGUAGAAGAAAUGUGAAAGCUUUUGGGUUAGUUGAUAAACUUGGCAAGAAGAAAUGGAGAGGCAAAGAUGAAAGCGACAGUGAUGAAGAUGAUGAUGAUGAUGAUGAGGUGGAGAAAGAUGCAUCUGAGAAAAGAUCAGCAACUCUGGAUGAUCCAGAGGAGAGACGGGAAUGGAGGAAGAAGAUAAGAGAGGUGAUUGAUAACCAUCCUGAUGUUGAAGAGGAGGAGAUUGACAUGGUGGAGAAGAGGAGGAAGAUGCAGAAGCUUCUUGCUGAUUACCCUCUUGUUGUCAACGAGGAGGAUCCUGAUUGGCCUGAGGAUGCUGAUGGUUGGGGGUUUAGCUUUAAUCAGUUCUUUAAUAAGAUUACUAUUAAGAACCAAAAGAAGGAUGAUGAUGAUGAUGAUGAUGAUGAUGAUAGUGAGAAAGAGAUUGUUUGGCAAGAUGAUAACUACAUACGACCGAUUAAAGAUCUCACAACUGCGGAAUGGGAGGAGGCGGUGUUUAAGGAUAUCAGUCCGCUCAUGGUUCUUGUUCACAACCGCUAUAAAAGGCCUAAAGAGAACGAGAAAUUCAGAGAAGAGCUAGAUAAGGCAAUUCAAGUAAUAUGGAAUUGUGGACUUCCUUCACCAAGAUGUGUUGCUGUUGAUGCUGUGGUUGAGACAGAUUUGGUUUCUGCUCUGCAAGUAUCUGUGUUCCCAGAGAUCAUCUUCACUAAAGCUGGAAAGAUAUUGUACCGUGAGAAAGGCGUUAGAACAGCAGAUGAGCUCUCAAAGAUCAUGGCUUUCUUCUAUUAUGGGGCUGCAAAGCCACCUUGUUUGAAUGGUGUCAACUAUUCCCAAGAACAGAUUCCUUCAGUUAAUUUGUAAGUGUUGAUAUAGCAUAGGCUUUGUGAUCAUGUAAACUAGUUUCUUCUUUAAAAAUUCUGAAGAAAAUGUAUGAACUU